AUACGUCUACUUCUAUACUUAUUGCCUUUCUGUCUUGCCGCAGUUGCUGCAACUGCACCCACAGAUUCCACAAAUGACAACGAUGACCCGGAUUGAUAGGGGCAUUAUUGAGAAUAAGGACGCCGCUACUGCAGAUAGAAGGUUUAGCAUUGGUAUAGAGUUUGAAACCCAUAUAUUCAAAUUCACCAGCCCCGACUGCCCAAAAGACACCGUAAACAAUUCAAAGAAAAAUAUACUCGCAGGCCGAAAGCAGGAAGUCGAUGAGGGCAAGGUUCCCUUGUGGAUGUUGACUGCCGACACAGGAGCAGGAGAAAGAACUAUCCAAGCCGAGUAUAUCAUGGAUGGUCAGCAGAUCAAAGUCGGGAGUGGAGAGGCAGAGACAGUUGCAAAGGAGAUUGUGAAAGACAUCACCGAUUGGCAACCCUGGAAAAAGCGAACAGAAAAAGACCGAGUCAAAAUUGAAGUCGAGGACACACCAUGCGACUUCUACAUCGACGCGCCAGGCCCGAAGGAUGAUGUGACAAAAAUCUCUUGGCAACCACAGAUCACCGUGCCUAUGCCGCUUGAGGCUCUGUAUGUCCUGAUGAAAGAGCGCGCAACCUAUGAAAUUGUCCCGGAGGAGAAUUACUACUACAGUAUCAUUGGAGAUAACAUCCGGACCCCUUUUGGAACUCAAGCGCUCAUGACAAAAUAUCAUUUCACGAAUAUGCCGAAUGGGAUCGAUCCGGUUUCGCUUACCGAUGAUACUCUUGCAUUCUUGAGCCUUGUCCUGACAUAUGCCAACACUAUCGCUAAGAACCCUCUCAAGCGAGAUGAGAGUGUUAAAUUGCGAUCAGUAUUCAUGCCUCGGACUGAUUUCCACACCCUUUAUACGCAAGUCAAAUCGCAGCUUCCGGGUGAUCUUUGGAACAUCAUCAACACCCUUUCAUGCGAUACGCCAAUUGAUCCAAAAGACAAGCAAGCCACGAAGGUUAACGUAAACAAAAAAUUCGUGGAUCAAAAGCUAUGUAGAGUUGAGAAACAAAAUGGCAAACCCACGUUUGUUCCCCGCACAACGCUCGGAGAUGCGACAUUCGGAAGCACAACCAUCAAGGACUGGAUCAAAACCCUUGAUAAGGAAGACCUGCUUACUAAAUUUGACAAGGAUAUUGAAGGGAUGGAGAAGGUUCUUGGCACUAGUCGCGAUGCACCUUUGUUCGAAUUGCGAGAUUUGAAAUAUCGGGCAACCCCCAACAUAGCUAGUUUUGUGAAGGAUGCUGACGCGAAGCUUACACAGCUGCACCAGAAAUAUAGGCAGGCGCCGAUGAGCGGGAACUAG